AUGCACAAGUUAAUUGUAACAUUGCGAUUGAACACUGCGUUGAAAAGCUUCCACCGUCGGCGCCGUCGCACAUCCGUUCCACGGUGCGAAAGCAAAGCUCGUGGCGGGCGGCACGUGCAGCGGCCGGUGUGGCGUUCCGCUCCCCGCCCGCCCCGCCGCCCGCUGAACGUCGCGCCCCGCGUGUUUCAGUUCUCGGAGCGAGCGCGCGACGACGGCCGCGGCGAUGCGGACGCCGACAGCGGCUCAGACAUGUCCGGCGGCGAGCGGCGCCCCUCCACCUGCCGCGUCGAGCUGGGCGCGCUGCUGGCGCCCGAGCCGCGCCCGCCCGACAGCAAGGUCAAGCGGCACAGCAUCCACGGGAUGACAGAGGAGGAGAAUGUGGUGCGGCCGCACCAGGAGAUGGCGGUGCUCUCGCUGGAGGAGAAGAAGUACCUCCUGGGCGUGGAGAGGGGCGACGUGGCGGGCACGCGGCGGGUGCUGCAGCGCGCCCGCGACACCGGGCACAUCAACGUGGACUGCGUGGACCCGCUGGGGCGCAGCGCCCUGCUCAUGGCCAUCGACAAUGAGAACCUCGAGAUGGUCGAGCUGCUGCUGGAGUUCGGCGUGGAGACCCGCGACGCUCUGCUACACGCUAUCUCCGAGGAGUUCGUGGAGGCGGUCGAGGCGCUGCUCGACCACGAGGAGCGCACCAGAAAGCCGGGCGAGCUGCACAGCUGGGAGGCGCUGCCGCCGGAGACGGCCACGUUCACGUCGGACAUCACGCCGCUGAUCCUGGCGGCGCACCGGGACAGCUACGAGAUCAUCAAGCUGCUGCUGGACCGCGGCGCCUCGCUGCCCGUGCCGCACGACGUGCGCUGCGGCUGCGACGAGUGCGUGCGCUCCCGCCGUGAGGACUCGCUGCGCCACUCGCGCUCCCGGAUCAACGCGUACCGCGCCCUCGCCUCGCCCUCCCUCAUAGCGCUCUCCUCCAAGGACCCCAUCCUCACCGCCUUCGAGCUCUCGUGGGAGCUGCGCCGCCUCUCCGCCCUCGAGCACGAGUUCAAGACCGAGUACCAGGAGCUGCGCGUGCAGUGCCAGGAGUUCGCCACCGCGCUCCUCGACCACACGCGCACCUCGCACGAGCUGCAAGUGCUGCUCAACCACGAGACGGGCUCGCCGCAGGCGCCGCUCGCGGAGCCCGGCGCGCCCGAGCGGAUGCGCCUCUCGCGGCUCAAGCUCGCAAUUAAGCUGCGACAGAAGAAGUUCGUCGCGCAUCCAAAUGUGCAACAAUUGCUGGCUUCCAUCUGGUACGAAAGCGUUCCCGGAUUCCGACGCAAAAACAUGCUCCUCCAGGCGGCCGAGAUGAUGCGCAUCGGAGCCAUGUUCCCGCUGUACUCGCUGGCGUACAUAGCGGCGCCGCAUUCGACCGCGGGCCGGACUCUUCGCAAACCAUUCAUCAAAUUCCUAUGCCAUUCGGCCAGCUAUUUUAUGUUCCUGUUUCUAUUGAUCCUGGCAUCUCAAAGAAUCGAGACGACUGCGGGUGGAUUGCUUUGGAGGGGAACACAGGAAGUGCCUCUUUCGAGGCGCGGAUCGCUACCUUCUUUAGUCGAAUGGCUCAUUUUGGCUUGGGUCAGCGGUUUGAUUUGGAGUGAAGUGAAACAGCUGUGGGACAUGGGCCUGCGCGAAUACGUGCAUGACAUGUGGAACGUUAUAGACUUUGUCACAAACUCCCUCUAUGUUGCAACGGUCGCACUUCGCGUUGUAUCACAUUUUCAAGUUCGCCGAGAAAUGGCGAUGAAUUUACAAUGGAAUCAGCCGCGAGAGAAGUGGGACGCUUGGGAUCCAAUGCUACUUUCGGAGGGACUGUUUUCAGCUGCAAACAUCUUCAGUAGCCUGAAACUAGUGUACAUAUUCAGCGUCAACCCCCACCUUGGACCUCUGCAGGUGUCACUCAGUCGCAUGGUGCUGGACAUCUUAAAGUUUUUUGUGUUGGACAUCCUCGUUAUCUUCGCUUUUUCUUGUGGAUUGAACCAACUGCUCUGGUAUUAUGCUGAAAUGGAGAAAAAGCGUUGUACGAUUGGAAAUGCAGCAGCAGCCAAUGGAACCAUAGUAGAUCCAGACGCCUGCAUAGUAUGGAGGCGUUUUGCAAAUCUGUUUGAGACGAUGCAAACGCUGUUCUGGGCGGCAUUUGGCCUGGUGGACCUAGAUUCGUUCGAGCUAGAUGGUAUCAAGAUAUUUACGCGCUUUUGGGGUAUGCUGAUGUUUGGAACUUACGCUGUCAUACAAGUGAUCGUGCUGCUUAAUCUGUUAAUCGCCAUGAUGAACCACUCCUAUCAGCUCAUAUCCGAGCGCGCAGACGUAGAAUGGAAAUUUGCACGGAGCAAACUGUGGAUCAGCUACUUCGAAGAGGGUGGGACGGCACCACCCCCAUUCAACGUCAUCCCCUCUCCGAAGUCUGCGAUCUACACGUGGAAGUGGCUUCAGCGCAGGCUCUGCGGGCAAACGCGUGCGAAACGCGAACACAUGCGCACCAUCCGGAGGAAAGCAAAACAAGCAAAUGAACGCGAUUUCCGGUAUCAGGCCAUAAUGCGCAACCUGGUGCGUCGCUACGUGACCGUGCAGCAGAGGCGCGCCGAGUGCGGCGGCGUCACCGAGGACGACGUCAACGAGAUCAAGCAGGACGUCAGCGCCUUUCGCUGCGAGCUCGUGGAGAUCCUGCGCAACUCCGGCAUGAACACCUCCACCGCUAACGCCGGUGCCCCCGGCGGCGGCGGCGGCAAGAAGAAUCGUCAAAAGGAGCGCCGCCUCAUGAAAGGAUUCAACAUCGCGCCGGGAGGUUCGCUCGCGCCGGUCGACGAGUUCCUGGCCUCGUUGCACCACGAGCACGGCGGAGCGCACGGCGCGCACCACGCCUCCCUCUCGGCGCUGCUGGGCGGCCGCCUGAGGACCAGCCAGUCGAGCCUCUCCGACGGCGCGGGCGGCAGCGGGGCCCGCCGCAAGCCGCCGCACAAGCGCCGCUGGGGCACCAUCAUCGAGGCCGCGCGCGCCGCGAGGGUGUCGCGCCUCAUCGGCCGUUCGCGCUCCGAGGACUCGGUCUGCGACCAUUCCAGACCUUCGCCCAGCGACCGGUACAACGGGGCUUCGUUCGGUUUGGCCCGCAGCGGCAGCGAGCGCUCCGAGUCCGGCAGCGACUCGCAGCGCAGCCCGGAGCGGGCGCGCAGCGGCCCGCUGCACCCGCUCUCGGCGCUGGCGGCGCUCAAGCGCAAGCGCAAGAAGUUCUCGGACUCGCGGCGCGCGGCGGCCGACGAGCGCAGCAGCGAGGCGCUGCAGCGAGCCAGUUCGGUGCCGGCGCGGGCGCCCCCCGCGGCGCCGCCGCCGCGCGCGCCCGCCGCCCCCGCGCCGCCCCGCAGCGCGCCCGCCGGCAGCCGGGAGCCGCUGCUCGCCAGCCUCGAAGACGACACGCACAAGGUUCGACGACCUCCCCCCACCCCCCGACCGUCCCCUGGGCGUCGUACAAGCAAUGCGAGCUUUCGGCGGCAGGAGUCGUGCGGCCAGUGCGGCUACGAGGCGAGCGUGGAGGGCGCGCCCGAGCAGUCGCCGGAGGCGGCGGAGAGCGUGCCGUGCGGCCGGUGCGCGGCGCUGGCGCGGCUGGCCGGCGUCACGCCGCUGCACGGCCACGCGCCCCACCACUCCGCCGGCUGGCUC